AUGCUACAUGCAGACCUCGUCAAAUAUGUUACAGCUGAACUAAACAGGCCCAUCACAGAUCUUCAGGCUUUGGCAGAUGAGGAGAAACUAAUUGCAAUUGUUCUGGGAAUGUUGCGACAACAUAAUUUUGAAUUUGUUAAUGUCCUAAGAGAAGAAGCUUUUACAGCAUUGAAAGCUACAAUAAAACAGUCUGUGAUAGAAGCCGUAGCUACAGCUGAUGACAUAGAUACAGAGGGAAAUGUUGGAAGUUUGGCUGACCAAAUGCGGCUAUUAAACUAUACACAGUGGAUGCAAAUGCUGAAAAAUGUAUUCCACAACAUCCUCAUUAUUAUUAACCGUGUAAUGGCAUUCCACACUGUGAUUCGGGGAGUAAUUCUCAUAGCUGCAGGAAGGACAGGAAAAGAUGCUGAAAAAGCUCUGCUACUUCCUGAGGAAUGUUGUGGAAAUAAAGAUGAUGAUGAAAAUGAAGUGCCAACAGUUGUAGAACCAGAAGAUGAGGAGCUUUUGCAUUUAUCUGUCAGUGAAGAUUUGGAUGUUAUGAUCUCAGAAGCAGAAUUUUUGGGAACUAUUCAGUGUUUGAAAAAAAUGCUGUGUUCUGUUUGUGACCAUGCACAUGAUCGUUGUGUAAAAUUAAUGGUAGCUCGGGCAAAGGACGGAUUUCUUGAAAAAUUAUCUUCAAGUGAAUUUGUGGCUCUGUCUAGAGUUAUUGAAGGAUUUGUUACUGAAUGUGAGAGAAAGUGUGGCAGGAGAAGUACUUCACUGAGAGGAAGUUUACUAAAUCAGGCAAACAGAUUUGUAGACAGAUUCCAUGAAGAAAGAAAAACAAAGUUGAGUUUGAUACUAGACAAUGAAAGGUGGAAACAAGCUGAUGUACCAACAGAAUUCCAAGAAAUGGUUGAUCACAUAAGCAAAUUAGGACGGAUGCAGUUGCCAGAAAAGCGAAUUGAUUUAGGUAAAAAACCUGCCGAAUUCAUUGUUGUUAAUGAAGAGAAAUUUGCUGUUGUUGGUACUGUUUUAAUGUUGCUGAAAAUGAUGGUUGAAUAUUGUGAGUGUGUUGAUGAUAUCCCUGCUGCAGCCCAAGAUAUUCUCACAAGGUUAAUUGAUUUAUUGAAGACUUUUAACUCUCGAACUUGCCAAUUGGUACUUGGUGCUGGAGCUUUACAAUUAGUUGGUUUGAAAACUAUUUCAACAAAAAAUUUAGCCCUUGCCUCUCGGUGUCUUCAACUCAUUGUGCACUAUAUCCCUUACGUAAAAGAUCAUUUCAAGCCAAAGUUAUACAACAAAAAGCAUAUGUUGAAACAUCUGGAUCAAAUAACAAAGGAUUAUUUGGAUCAUAUUGAAGAAAUAUCAAAUAAAUUAGUGGCAAUUAUGGAAGGAUUAACAGAAUCUUAUGUAAUUAAGUGGGAUGCAAAGGCACCAAUGCCUUCAUCUUGUUUCCGAUCUGUUUGUAAACAGAUGACCAAGUUCCAUGAAGUAAUCAUAGAUGUUCUACCUCAGCAUCAAGUAAAGGUGAUAUUUCAAAGAAUCCACAAAAGCUUUGUCAAUUUUUUACGACAGCAACUACUAACUCUAAAUGUUACUAAUGAUGGUGGUCCCCAAAAUGGGUUAGUCAAUGCUGAUAUAUAUCUAUCUAUCUAUCUAUCUAUCUAUCUAUCUAUCUGUUUUAUAUUAUUUAUAUCAUCCAUUAUUUUCCCCAAGCCUAUCAGAAAUAAGCAGUAA